AUGUCGAACUCCACGAAUACAGACCUACCUCCCCUCCCAUCGUAUACCCUAACCCCCCGACCGCCUAUGAUUCCAGGCAUUUCAGAUGCCGUCCUACAACUUCUGGCUCCGAUUGUCGCCUACUGGGCGGUCUCACUCUUUUUCCAUGUUCUCGAUACCUACGAUCUGUGCUCCCACUACAGACUACAUACUCCCGCCGAAGUGCUCAAGCGCAACCAUGUCACCAGAUACGAGGUUGUGAGAGAUGUGAUUCUGCAACAAAUCAUACAGACUGCCUUUGGGUUGUUGCUCGCGUGCUGGGAUCCCAUUGAGAUGACUGGCAAGGAAGAGUAUGAUGUUGCCGUCUGGGCACAACGUUUGCGCCUUGCAGAACGGUAUAUACCCGGAUUGCUGUCAGUUAUUGGACUGGAUGCCCUUUCACUGGCACAAAGGUUGUCGACGAACUACCCUCAGCUGGCUGGUGUGUUAUCUGGAGGCCAUUACCCCACACAGUCGUUUGCGCCAUGGGAGAUCUCAUUGGCAAGAGUGAUUUACUGGAUUGCCAUUCCUUGUCUACAAUUCUUCGUGGCGAUCCUGAUUGUCGACACAUGGCAAUAUUUCCUUCACCGAGCUAUGCACAUGAACAAAUACCUGUACACCACCUUGCAUUCUCGGCACCAUCGGUUGUACGUUCCAUAUGCUUUCGGAGCCUUGUACAAUCAUCCGUUGGAAGGCUUUUUACUCGACACGCUGGGUACUGGGGUCGCCUACAUCCUUACAGGGAUGACUGUGCGUCAAGGUCUGUGGUUCUUCACCUGUUCGACAAUCAAGACGGUCGAUGACCACUGCGGAUAUGCCUUCCCUUGGGACCCACUUCAGCAUGUCACCUCGAACAAUGCUGCUUAUCACGAUGUCCACCAUCAGAGUUGGGGCAUCAAGACCAAUUUCUCCCAACCCUUCUUUACAUUUUGGGAUAGCCUCCUGGGCACCGCAUGGACUGGCGGAGAUGUCUCUGCUCGUUACCAACGUGACAGGAUAGCCGCUCAGAAGAAGGUCGAUGCGGAUAUUGCUGCCGCUGCCGCUGCCGCUGCCGCCAAAGCCUCAGUUGUGAACUCCCCUACGAUCGACUUGGAUCAUGCCAAGCAGCAAGCCAACUCAAGUCAGAAGCAGGUACUAGGCGACAGAGAGAAUGGCGGUAUCAGGGUUCUCCAAGAAGAAGCCAGGGAAGAGCAAGAAGUCAAGCAAGCCCUGAGGAGGAGUACACGACGGAAGAGUGGGUUUGAUACCAAGUUGCUGUCGGAUCGUGUGACCGGUAGCAUACACAACCGGAGUCCGACAAUCUUACAUGCGGACGGCAUGCAUUGA